CUUACAUAUUUAACAUUCAAAUGCAGAAGCCAAGCUAAGCCAUGGAAGAUUGUAAUCAGAAAAAAGCUACACUUCCUGAUCCGCACAAAAGCUACAGGUUCUUUAAACAGGAGACAGAUUGCUAGCAUUUGGGGCUGAAAUCUGGAGGUUAUUUUGGAAUGUGAAAACUACUUGCUGCUUGGAUCCAUGACAACCAUGUAGAUACUAUUCACUCGUUUUAACUAUCUACACCAACAUGGAUCAAGACAUUUAAACCAAACCUUUCAAGCAGUCGAUGGAGUACAAGCUGAAAGAUUAAAGAAAAUCCAGAUGGGGUGCAGGUGCUGCAAAAUGAUACAAAGCUAUAUUUUUGAUCCAGAAGAAGUACAAUCACCUGGAUGCAUUCAUGAUGUAAACAGCUAUGAACACAAUGAGCAAGACAGCAAUAAAUCCAAAUUCAAAGAGAAUAGUGAAAUUCAAGAACAUAAAAAUGAACUCCAGAAGGAUGAGCUAAACAGAACAGAAAAUAAAAAUCAGGUAAACAGCGCAAAAGAAACUCUCUGGAACCACGGAGGCAGUGAUUUUCAAGAGGAUGGCCUUGUGAAGCAUGUUGCAAAGCUUGAUGUUGCAGCCAAUGGUGGCAACUCCUGUGCUGGAGUGCACUCCGCGCUCAAUCCCAACACAAACCCAGUGAAAGAAGACAAUGAACAGGGAACCUCCAGCCAGUCAGACGCUUCUUCAGCCAGCAAUAGAGACUUUCACACCAAUUCAAAUAGGUCUGGCCAAGAACUUGACCUAGAGACAGGCAGCCAGAGGAAGGCAGCCUGCAAUGAGCCGUACAGUAUUCAAGAUGAGAACUCCCAGUCUGCAGAAGACAGCAUCUUUCUCAAAGAAAGUGCAAUACUGGAGAAACAAAACAAUGCCAUACAGCUGCCAGAUACUGAUUAUCCCCAAAAUGGCAAUCAAACCAGGAACUAUGUUGAAAAAGAUAGCUUUUCAGUCAAUUGUGCACAUUCAGAUCAAAACACUGGGCCUUUGGCCAUACAGGACCAGGACCCUUGUGUAACCCCACCUUCACCUACGAGGGAGAGCAGUAUUGAACCAUUUAAAACUGACUCUGCAUGUUUGAGUGAGGACAUUACUGGUUGUAUCACUGCUGUGGCUGUUACCAAAGUAGCACAGGCACCCCCACACCCCAACCAUAAAGACAUCAAUGGAGAAACUGAGGAGGAAGAUGCAGAAGUUGCAGCAGCUCUGGCUGCACUGGAAGCUGCAACUGCAGGGGAAGACCUGGAAGAUGACGACGAGUACUGAUGAAGGUUUCUUUCUAAUACACUGGGUAAGAUCCAGAUUUUGUUUCUGGAUCUAUAUAAACACAUGUACAGCACAUGUGGACAGCUGUUACAAACAGCAUAUAUAAAAGGAGUUGGGACUAAACCUCUGUCCCUUCAGCUGUUUUAUACAGCCUUUUAAUUUCUACUGCCUGAGCUACAGAAGUGCUCCCUUGGCUAACAGUAAUACUAACACUCUUCUGUAUGGGGCCAACUAGGAGGACAAAGCAUCAUUUCUUCCACAAAGGCUAUUCUGCUGUAUAUCCACCUCACCUGGACUCAUGCAAAUGUUUUCUUUGGUUUUAACCCUCAAGAGGGUCUGCACACACUGCAUGUUCCAGGUUCAGAAAACUUCCAUUAUUUAAAACAGAACUACAGAAGCCACGGAGUUAGAAACCACAGAUUUUUAUCAUGUUAGCACAAAAAAAAAAAAAAAAAAAAAAAAAAAACCAAAAACCCUGACCCAAAGUUCUAUGAUCUAAUGAAGUAUGAAAUAGGGAAGGCAGCUUGGCUUGCACUUCACUGCGGUUAUGGUUCCAUUCCGGAUUAAGCCUAAAUCUGUGCAUGUGCAGGUGGUGAUAACCUCAUCUCUUCCCUUAUACCUCCCCUGAACUUUGUUUGAUACCCCAAGUGACCUGCUUCAGUUCAUUAAAACAGCAGAAGCCUAGCCAAAUCCAAGAAAGUGGGUAACUUUCUGUUGGUUUAAUGAGCUGAAGUAGCUCACAUAAGAAUUGCACACCAUCAGAGGUGCUGGAGAGGGAUCAAAACUCAGUCCUACCAGUUUGGAUAGAUUAAAACUGUUGUAAAACUGCAGCCUGAGACCUCUCAACUCUGCUAAAUUUUCAGGCACACAUCACUUGCCUUAACAAUACAGGUUGUGUCUCAUAAACAUCCCCAGCAAGAUGUUUUGUUUAUAUACAAACAGGGAGAGCCAAUGUGGACCCCCGCCCCGGCUCUGGUGCAGCCCUUAAACUUAGAGCAGGAAAGGGAUCAAGCUUCAAAGUUAAACAUAAGACAUGAAAAUAUCAGCUGCAUUCCUGGAGCGUUUACCCUUCCUCUGAUCUUCAGACUAGCAUGUUAACCUUUCUUGG